UAUUCAAUUUCCCAAUGGUAUUCUUAACACGCGGGCACCCCCGUAAAAGCGAUCAAUGAAAUACCUGUGUCCGGUCGUUUCGAGGAUAUUUUAUUGGAAGAUUUAGUUUUUAUGCUGUUCGUUCGCUAUGUCUUGUUUGGUUCGGAAAUGACAUCAUCAUCAUCAUCAUCAGCUGCUGCUUCUGCUGGCUUCUAGCGUUGGUUGCCAUUUUUAUGAUUGCGAAACGCCGUCGAGAAAAUUAAUUGUGCUGUGGGGAAGGAAAAUAUUAAUGGUGCCGAUGAAAAGCGUUCGCACGUUUUGAGUGGGAAAAGCAGUGAAUAUAUCUGAAUGAAAGAUAAAGAAUGAAAAGUGCCACAAGAGUGGAGUCGAUGCGAACUGCUUCCAUGUUUAUGUUGUUAAUUAAUGGAAGGAUCAAAUUCAUCGGAUUUGGUUGUAUGUUUGAUAAUACUUUGCUGACCUUGUGAACUAUCGUUUGGUCAUGGCAUAUUCAUCAAGCGGCUCAGUUAUAAAUGAGUAAAUACGUGUGAUUGUCAUGGUAACAAGUAUAAUUUUUACCAAAAUAAUAAAGCAAACUCAACGUGCAAUCAGUUAUUUCACAUUCAAGUGAGAGGAAAAAAUCAAGUCGAGUGGCAGAGCAUUUGAUAAAAAAAACUGAGGGCUAUUUGGGUCAGAAUAAAAAUGUGAACUAGAUAUACGUGUUCCCUGUCAAGCUGUCAUCAGUAACAUUGGGGCAUUAAUUUUUACCGCUGUGUCCUCGUGUAGUUCUGUGAAGGUUACAUACAGAGAGGAGGUGGAGCAGCUGUGCAAGCAAAACUAAUUCAUUUGACCUUAACAUUCAACAUGAAUCGACGAAGUGCGGACGAAGAGAGUGACGAGGUGACUCCCUUGGAAGGAUUCGUGCAGCAGAGAUGGCAACAGCAGCAGCAGCAGCAGCAGCAGCAAUUGAUUUCGCUGGGAAUGAAAUCGGCCGGAGCUCCAAAUUCCGAACCGUUCGGGGAUUACAGCAUGGCAUCCGACCGAAUGGCGGAAGGUGUUCGAUUUCAUGGAAAUGUAGCAACAAGUGUUAAUACGAACGCAAGCGUACAAUCAUUUCAAUCUGUGCUGACUUCGUCUUCCGCGUCCUCGGUUGCCUCGAAAAAAACGAAAUUCCACAGUUUUCUGCAGAGCAGCAACGCGGCUACGACGCAGCAGAGUCACUUUGGAGCAACCGUAUCGGGCCUGCACCAGACUUCAUCGUCAUCGUCUUCAUCAUCCAAGUCUGUCUCAACCACAUCUGGUUAUUCGACGUUUCCAACAUCGUCACCGCUGUCAGCCUCGCAAUUAGUUUUAUCUCCACUGUCCUUUGGGAAAAUGUUUGGUGAAAUGGAAUCCGGUAAUGAAUUCAAACUGAAGAAAAGCAUCCAGUUGAAUCGCAAAAUUUCAAUCCUAAGUCCCGUUCAUCUGAGCAUUAGAAGUGAACAAAGCAAAGAGGAGCGAACAUCGUGUUACAUAAAUGCCGAAAUCUUAGACUUUGAUGUCGAAAAUGGUCAAGGUUCGCGAUCGCCGCUGGAAGGUGGAUCACCAGCAGCCGCCGUGGCCGCCGGAUUGGUAUUGCAGAAUCUACCUCAGCGAAGAGAAUCCUUUCUGUACCGGUCUGAUUCGGAUUUUGAGAUGUCGCCGAAGUCGAUGUCACGAAAUUCCAGUAUCGCCAGUGAAAGAACUGAUAAAUUUUCUAGACUCAAAGAAGUGGAAGCGCCAACGAUUACCACUACGGAACGAACGCAUGUGGAAGAUUUGAUCGUGACACCAUUCGCGCAAAUAUUGGCAAGCCUACGUUCGGUGCGAUCCAACCUCUACAACUUGACAAAUGUUACCCCGCCCAAAUCAAAGCGAAACAACGUUCAACUGACACCAAUGCCUAAAGCACUGACUCCUGGGGAUGAAUCGUAUGUAAAGCUGGCUUUAGAUACGAUCGACGAGCUGGAUUGGUGUCUGGAUCAACUGGAGACGGUGCAGACGCACCGCAGUGUCUCCGACAUGGCAUCCUUGAAGUUCAAGCGAAUGCUCAACAAAGAGCUGUCGCAUCUUAGUGAAUCUAGUAAAUCGGGAAAUCAAAUUUCCGAGUACAUCUGUUCGACCUUCUUAGACAAGCAGCAGGAGGUGGAUAUUCCUUACAGCAGAGACGAUUCAGAUUCGCAUAAUCCAAGCUCACUCACUCGUAGUCGAUCCCCUCGCAUGGGUGAACGAAUGUCGCAGAUAUCGGGCUUCAAGAGACCCUUGAUGCAUACUAACUCGUUCACCAGCGAUCGAUUGCCACAGUACGGCGUGGAAACUCCACACGAGCACCAGUUGGGACAGGUUCUCAACAGUGUCGAUACAUGGGGUAUCGAUAUCUUUAAAAUCGAAACUCUUAGCAACAAUCGACCGCUUACCUGUGUAGCUUUUUCUAUAUUUCAGGAAAGGGACAUAUUGAACACUCUUAUGAUACCAUCCAAAGUUUUUCUAGCGUUUAUGACAACCUUAGAGGAUCAUUAUGUUAAGGAUAAUCCAUUUCACAACUCACUGCAUGCAGCGGAUGUGGCGCAGAGCACGCAUGUGUUACUGAACACUCCGGCACUAGAGAACGUAUUUACUUCGUUAGAGAUCUGCGCAGCACUAUUUGCCGCUUGUAUACAUGAUGUUGAUCAUCCAGGUCUAACCAAUCAGUUUCUAAUCAAUUCAAGUUCGGAGCUAGCGAUCAUGUACAAUGACGAAUCCGUGUUGGAGAAUCAUCACUUAGCAGUUGCAUUUAAGCUCUUGCAAAAUGAAGACUGCGAUAUACUACGCAAUAUACAAAAAAAACAACGUCAAACGUUUCGGAAAAUGGUUAUUGAUAUGGUGCUAUCGACGGACAUGUCUAAGCAUAUGACACUGUUGGCCGAUCUGAAAACAAUGGUCGAAACAAAGAAAGUUGCUGGCUCUGGAGUUUUGUUAUUAGAUAAUUAUACAGAUAGGAUACAGGUAUUAGAAAACUUGGUACAUUGUGCUGACUUGAGCAAUCCCACCAAACCGUUACCCUUGUACAAACGAUGGGUGUCACUCCUGAUGGAGGAGUUUUUCCUGCAGGGCGAUAAGGAGCGGGCCGCCGGUAUGGAUAUAAGCCCGAUGUGCGAUCGUCACAAUGCGACAAUCGAGAAAUCCCAGGUCGGUUUCAUCGAUUACAUUGUGCAUCCACUUUGGGAGACCUGGGGGGAUUUGGUGCAUCCGGAUGCGCAAGAUAUCCUCGACAUGCUGGAGGAAAACCGUGAUUACUAUCAGAAUUUGAUUCCACCCUCGCCCCCUGCGCUCGACGAAGUAGAAGAUAAAAUUCGCUUCCAGAUGACGCUCGAGGAGGAAAGCGCAUCGGAGAACGAUGAAUCACACCGUGAGGAAAAUCUCUAAGAAAUUACACAUCAUCACACCCUUCCUACCGUAUCACAUGUAUAAGCAACAAUCUAAUAGAAAUUCAAACAUAUACUCAUCGUAAUCAUGUAUGCAAGUCAAUAUGCACAUGCAAAAUCGAUAGCCAGUGAACAAACAUUGUUGGAGGAUUGAUUCCCAAAUGGUAACAAAAUACAAGCAACAAUAACGACACAUACACAUACAAACAAUCACAUACACGCGUGAGGGCAGGUUCCCUGCGUUUAAUAUUAAUGAAAGAUUUGUAAUUCGUUGAUAAUUUAUUCGUUGAGAAACACUUUAUGGACAGAGAAGUUUUGUACGAUAAGUUACUUUAUUUUUUAUACAUCUGAGAUAUAUAUGUUGAAACCAAAAAACAAAGAAACACACCACAUGAAUGAAUAGCGAAAUUAUAUUCAAACCAAAAACCAUAAUUUUAAUUGUAGUACUAAGUGUGAGAGCGUUAAAUAUUUCACAAAAAAAAUCUGAUCAUCCCAAAAAAAAUUAGAAGACUCUUUCUCCUACUACUCAUUCUGUGUCAUAGUUACCAAAAACCAAAACCUGUCGAAUGGACAAUUUUUUCGAAUUAUACGUUACGAUUGAAACUUUUUUUUAAUUUGUACUUGUGACUUACAUGCUUCAGUUACGUGUAUGUCAUUCUGCAGAAGCAGAAGGGAGUGAAAAAAUGAAACAGUCGAAAUGCGGUUAAGCAACAGAAGAAACAAUGACUACACAUACACACACACAACUGAUGAUAUUAUACCAUGAAUGAAAAAGAACUAUCCUAGCAUAUAAGUAGUUUUAAAUAGAAGCAAUAUCAUGCAAGAAUUAAACUGAGAAAGGAAGACGUAAAACAAUAGAAAUAAUUCAUUCGCGUCCUUAGUUUUGGUUGCCCCUAACAAUCUAGAGAUGAUUCGUGUUUCUCUUCACACCUCGAUGAAUUAGAUGAGCGCAUCUCGGUGCAAUCAUUUGGCGCGCGCGUGUAUGAAAUAAAAUUGCAGAUACGGCAGAGGCUACCACCCUACGAGAAUGAAGUUUCAUGAAGUUUGGCUUUAUCAGAAUCUUUUUUCUUUGGACCACGAUUCAACACUUUCGUACGUUCAUCAUAAUCGAAGCUAGAUCUUCGUCGAAUCAUAGCGCAAAUGGACCCUAGUUAUACAACAACAACAACAACAACAACAACAACAAAAAAACACACACAAAAAUAGCUAUGGAAUAGCAGCGUUAAAGUACAGAAACAAAGUCUGUUUUCGGAGUGACGAGAAAUUUUUCAAGAAGCAAAAUACACUGAAGGGAUGAAAAACUUAAAACAUAAACUAAGGGAGGAACACACACACACAGAGAACUUUCUGAUUAUGCUAAUAAUUAGUAAAACAAAAUAUCGAUGUGUAACUAGUAUUUGAGAGAGAAAGACGACGUGAGGUAACAAAAUCCAACAACAUGUGAAAUUGUAACUAGAACUUCAAAUGAUAACGCCGAAUUGUGUAGAUAGUUUAGACUAUUGACUAACACUGAUUAUUUAAAUUUUUGUUUCUUAAACUACUGGAAUGAAGGUACAUUUGAGUCUCACCGGUGGGGGUUUCACGGGAAUGAAGUUAGUGCGUGCUAGAAUUAGCGGAAUUGUGAGAUGCGUCGCUGCUACCGCUCGAGACACCAAGUUGAGAGUUUUCAACGUUAUUCUGAAUAAUCGUAUCCAUCCCAGACUUUCUAGAAUUUCUGGAAUAAGAUUUUCUCCAAGGAUUUUUUAUUCAUCCGAGAAAUUGCUUCUUCUGAAGAGAAAAUAUUUCAAUUUGAAUGUGAUGGACUAAAUGUUAGAUAAUUUUUGACGAAAAUCUCGAUAUUUUAAUUUCACACUUUCCUUAAGAGUUUGUACAUUCAUACGCGAUACCUUUCUGGUCAUUUCUCUCCACAUACACGCUGUUUUAUAUGUGUGAGUAAUUUUCGUGUACUAUAUCAAAAAAUCUAGCUCACCUGUAAUACGAGGGCAGUCCGAUAAGUACUUAGCUUACAAAAAAAACAAAAAAAUUGGAAAAGUGGCGAUUUAUUUCCCAACAGAGUCUCCUUUGAGCUCGAUACACUUGACCCAGCGAUGCUGCAACUUCUUUAAUCCAUCUGGAAAAUACGUUCUUUCGAGGUCUGCAAAGUAGUCCUCCGUGGCGGCGAUGACCUCCUCAUUCGACUCAAAUUUCUACCCGGCGAGUGACUUUUUCAAGUUUGGAAACAAAAAAAAGUCGCACGGGGUCAAAUAUGGAGAAUACGGUGGAUGGGGCAACAGUUCGUAGUGCAAUUCGACCAACUUGGCCGUGGCGACGGCGGAAUGUCCAUCUUUUCCAUUUUUCUAAAAUCCGCGGACACGCCCGCUUCCACACACGGUCAAAACAAAACUUUUCCGAUUCGGCAGAAAUUUUGACAGUAGCCGUUUACGAGAAUGUAGUACACGAUAAGUAAUCUCUCUUGCGAUACUGACACCAUCGGGCGAUGAGGCUAAGUACUUAUCGGACCGCCCUCGUAUAUGUCAAACCACGUUGAACUCAAAUCAAUCGACAUGGAAAAAGUAAAACAUGAGAGAGUCCAUUUGACGGGGAAGAAUGAAAUGAGACUGUCUAGUCGUGGAGUGAGAUAGCAACUAAACGCCCGAAUGACUGUUGAGUCAUGUUGACGGAAAAACUGCUGGGAGAAGCAAACACUCAUUUCCAAUUGAAUGCGAAGGUGCAUUUCUUCAUAGUCUCCUAGAAAACCUCAGUUUAAUAUGACUUUUCCGAGCUCUGCAUACAACGCUCUGAGGCAUUAUUACUAAAUGCCUGAGUGUGGCGUCUAAUGAAUCCGAGAACGGUAUAAGCCUUAGCUGUAACUGUUGCAAUAUGCUUCGUAAAUUUUAGUUUGUUGCAGAGCACUUUACUUAAAUCUUUGACGGCUGCAACCCUUUCCACUUCGGUCGAACCCAUCGUAUUAUUUAAUAGUUCCUUCUCCGUUUUAGCCACGAAAUUGUUGAAGUGGACCCUUCGCUUCAGGUUUGUCCAGGUAUUCUCGAUGAGACACCGCUCGGGGACGUUCGGAGGGUUGUCAGACUGUGGAACAACAUCUAUCUUCAAGCGGCUUAUCUCAUUCAGCGACUUCUUCGCGCAAUGAACGAAGGCCAAGCCCGGUCGAAACAACACCUCCUAGUCUGGAUGAUAUUUUUUACCGCAUGUCCCGAACGGCUUUGACAUUCCAUUUUUGCUGUUUUUUUCGCUUCAACGGAGAAAUUUCAUUCUCUAUCACUUUCAGCAUUUGUUUCUGGGUCACAGUUUGACGGUAUGCUAGGCCAAAUUUUUAUUCUAUAGUGUCGAUUGAGAAGUCAAGGGAAGGUAUCACUUUUCCUAGAUAGAAAAUAUAUUCCCACCAGUCCACAUGUAGUUUUUGCUCGGAUAAAACUCUCAUGUUGAUCUGAUUCAUUGCACUGUUCGCUCCAAACUUGCGAUAGUUCGAAAACAGCGUUCCAAUGCAUCGGUUCAAGAUUUAUAUUGCGACAAACCGAAUUCGUCCUCCAUCUAUUUGAUAAUAGAGACAUGGAUCGUAUUAUGAGCUUGUUAAUCCAAAGCCUUGCAGCUAUUUUCCAAGCAUUUCGAAUGACUUUUUUCCAGCAUUUUGAAUGACAGGGUGUACAUAGAUUUCACAAUUGAAUAAAGUCAAGACUGAGGGCAGAAAGAAAGAAAAAACGCGUGCAGUGUAAGUUACAGACAAACAAGUAGUGAAUAGGAGGCGAUCUGGCGUAGUGGUAACAUCCAUACCUCUCACGCAGAGAUCACGAGUUCAAUUCUCACUCCUGACAUUCUUCCAAAAAUGGAAGUAAAAGUGAUGAAGCAGUCGAAAUGUGUUGAAAGUCACUAUAAUAGAGAAAAAAAUGGAGUGAAUAUUUUAUUUGACAGAAGAUCAUGGGUUGUCUAUAUUGGAUGGUCUUCAACACUCUUCCUAAAACCAUUGAAAUUUAAAUCUCAUUGCUUCGCGACAUAAGUUUAUCUUCGAGGGAGGUAAUGGGUUGCUUAAAACGUUUAACGUUUUAAAAUUUACGAGGAUUGAAAUCGUUGAAAUCACGGAGGUAGUAAAAACAAGGAAAAAUGCGCUGCUUUAUUUCCAACUGCAUGAGCGAUUUUCAUAUUUCAGUUUCAUAUUUCAGUUCACAUUUAACAUGGAGUUUAAAGUUAGUCACUAUUCGACUAUAUAACCGGUAAACAACAGUAAUUGACAGAACCAAAAUGUCAGUGAUCCGCAGCAAUAUUGGGUACACUGACAAUAUGAGGGAUUUGACGUUUUAGUCAUACCCCUGGUUUAUCAGUGCUGAUAUACUCCACCUUGAUGUCACCUUUGUCGCUGCAAUCACGAUUGAAAUGAUGACGUAUAUGAUUAUUGGUCCUCGAUUGAUAGCCAACAUUCUUCGCUACGGAUAUUGCACUCUGGUUACCGCAAUGAAUAACAAUUGAUUGAUCCUCCUCGAACAAUGAUCUUUAACGCUUGCACCAUAUGGCUGCUUGCGCAGCUACCGAUUAAGCCAUAUACUCGACUUCACAAGAGCAUAAAGCAACGGUUUUUUUCGUUGGCAGCUCCACCUUGAGCGGUGAAUACGUAUCCGGUAGUUGAUUUCCGGUCGUCGUGGUCAGACGCCCAGUCGGCGUCGGAUCAAUAAUUGAUUUCUUAUCCUGCUGGUAUACCAAGCGAUGUUUGGAUGUUCCUUUUAGGUAACGUAGCAAGUGCUUCACCGCAUUCCAAUGUCGCUAACCAGGGUUGGAAUUGAAUCGGCUGAGAACGUUCACCGCAUAACAGAUGUCCGGCCGCGUACGUUGAGCCAAGCACAUAAGGCAGCCAACAGAUUCCUCGUACGGAACAUUUUUCAUGCGUUCCACUUCUUGAUUUGUUGAACACAUUUCGUUCGUCGAUUUCUCGCUUACGUUCAUAGGUGAAAUCACGGGUUUGCAUGUGGACAUUUUAAAUCGAUCCAGAAUCGUUGUGAUAUAGGACUCCUCUGCCGUAAUUUUGCAAAGGGACGCAAGCGCCAGAGGGAAGAAUUUUCAGUACGAGACUUUUCGUAAAAUUGCAUGUAUAAUCAGCGUACAUUACGAAAAUCUGAUCUGAGAAAUGAGCAUGUGAGAAAGUAAACAGCGUCAAGAAGCUUUAUCGCUUGAUACUUGAGGAUAGAAGACAUCAUUACCAUCAAAAGACAUCAAUUUUGGUAAUCAACAAUUAAAUUGAUAGUUACAAUUACUUACUAAUAAUAGCUAUUUAGUUACAAUUUUUAUGUGCAAUAUGUGAUCGAUCAAGGAUAAUUUUUUCCUUCGAGGUGAGUUUGAUUUUAUGAAUUUGAAUAUUUGACGAGAUUUAUAAACAGAGCAAAGUACAUUAUUUGUAGUUCUGAAACAAAUUGCUAUUAUAAAUGCAGCACUGCAUGGGGAUGGACUGUUUUGGAUUAAAAUAUUUGACAUGACGAGCUUUUCGGAAAAGUGAUUUUCAUUAUGCUAAACGUUCAUUACGGAAGAUGUUUUUAUGUGAAAUUUGCUGUCCCUGCUAAUCCAUUCUAUGCUAUCAGAUCAGAUAGAAAAUCACUUUCUAUCACAAUUAAAUCACGUCACACCAUAGGGAAAAUGGCGCUUGCGCCACAUCACAGUGGAAAUGGCGCUUGCGCCACUCCGUAUUUAGGCUUUUACGGGGCCAUUUUUUCACAUUUCUGUAAAACUUCGCAGUUGUUUGAAAGCAUUUGGAAUUCUUCAUCGAUCUAUAACAAAAAAAGGAAAAUAUCAAUUUUGGCGCUUGCGUCACUUUGCGAGAUUACGGCAGUCCUGGUCCAAAGUAUCCGCUGCUUCGGUUCUGGUGAUACGGAUAACCGGAGCAUAUUUGACAGGUCCAAUAUCCUUCAUCUUGUAUUCUCGGUUCAGAUUCGAUUUGAUUUCGUUCGUCCAUCCCUUGCAAUUACUGAAGAUAAGUACGUUAUCCACAAAGACUGCAAUGAAGAGUAUCUUAUUGUCCUCGAUCCUAUAGCACACACAAGGGUCGUAUGUGAUACAUUGAAGACCGACUUUCCGGAGGGCAACAUCCAGUUGGAUCACUUGGGUCUAUACAAGGCCUUUUUCUCUUUAUCUAUUUAGCAAGGAGGUUGCUCCAUGUAUAUCACCUCGGAGAGGUCUCCUUGAAGGAAAGCUGUUAUGGCGUCCAUCUGAUCGAUCUGUCAUCAGAUCAUCCAAGAUCGUAUGUGGGGAAUCCGCACCAGUGUCGGAACAUCCAUCUUGAUUAUUAAUAUACUUCCCUUGGGGUAGACACCCCCGUCGCAGAGCGUCAACCACUGUUGCGUAUUGCCGCUAGCAGAAAAAAAUAAUUUUUUUAACUCCCGGGUUGCACGUAGAUUGAAGUUCCGUUGAUCCUUCCGCGACAAUCUUCAUGACACUCUGGUCGUCAGUGACGUCAACUGUGGGGUUCCUAGGGGGCAGACCGCUCCCAGGCACACGAUUUUAGGGAUGCAGGAAGAACCGAAUUUGUAUGAAUAAAUUGAAUAAUUUUUUGCCCUGACGCCCCCCUAUUUUGCCCUGACGCUGAACUGAUUCUUUUGCAGUAGAGUUUCUUGCUAUGUGGCCAUAUUUUUUACAACAAUUACACUGUGGACCUGUUCCUUUCGACUGUGUUGCCUUGGCGAUCCUCUCUUGCUUGAAUUUCGAUUUUUCUUUAAUAAAACUGUUGGCGCGAUUCUCAGCGCCAAGGCAGUGAACUUUUUCCGUCAUGAGAACGGUUUCCAGAGAAUGGUUUCCACAGCAGUCCACUCAGCCCAAUAUCGAUGUGCAAAUGGGUUAUCUUCGAUGGCAAGAGUUCACUAAUAAAGUCAAAACACGUGAUACUUCCCUCCUAGUUGUCUAUUCUUGAUCGAUGUUGUAUGUAUAACUCGUGAAAACUAAAUGAACUAAAUUGUUUUUCUUCUUCUUUGUUUUUAAGAGGCUUGAAACAUUGCAGUUCAUUCGUCUCUAAACUAAAUUCCUUCCUUCCUUCCUUAUUUGGUUUAUAGAAACUUUAAAUUUUUGCAGUUCAUUCGUCUUUAACCCUGAGAAGGGCUCUUGUGGAAAGAAAACUACUCCAUUACUCCUCCUUCACCUGUCUCAAGAAAGACAACCCUGUCCAGCUCGCCGCUCACCGGCAACGAUGUUGCUCCGAUGACCACCAAACGAGAAGUGAACUAAAUUCGCAAAUGGCACCUUGAGGUAUGCGAGCAGGUGGAGCUAACGAUACAAUAUUUUAAUUGUUGAAUCGGGCGCUCUGGAAAGAACUUUCCUUCCCUCAACUCUAUUUCAAAGUCACUAAUGAAAACCUCCUCCAAGAAUGACGAUAACUUUCUAUCUAUACUGAGACCGAACGAAGAAAUUACCCAUGAAAAAAGGAGUUCUGGUUCAUGAGGUUUCUUUUCACCGGAACAAGCACCACUUCCUUGUCGACUGUCGACGAAGGAGGGCGAGGGGUACUCUGUAAUGGCUUUCCAUCGUGCGCUGAAAGCUUGAAACUUCCACGUGACGUGACUCUUGAAGAUUUCAAAGAAGCAAACAAACACAAUCGAGCAAGUGAUUAGCCCUUAACCAACUUUCAAUCACAAUCGAUACUUUGAAGCUUCUGUUGUCGCUUCUCAAUUAUUUGCCAUUAAAUUUAAAGUUCUAACAUUUGUCCGGAGUUCAAUGCAUUCCAUACUGUUCCAGUGUCACAAUGCAUUCUCGCAUUAUUCCGUAGAAAAUCGGCUUUCCAACGUUCCAUGAUAAUGAAUCUAUCGGUGAUUUACAAAUGUACCUCUCGUGUUAUUUUAUUCCAGCAGAUAAAUUCGAACAUUUUGAUUCCUUACAUUAGUAGGACAAUAUAAGAAGGGAAACAUGAAGCCAUACGCAAUUAUACGAGGUUCUUUGAGAACAAGUUGUUAGAGAGCCAGGUGAGAGAACAUAUUAGAUUUUACCGUUUUGGUGCUUGGUCUGGAGAAUAAUAACGGCGAGCCGCGCGAAUACUUCUCAUUGCGCUGGUUGGCUUAGCGAACACUCCGAAAUUGGUUUGAUCAGCGGCGUGAGAUGCAAACGCUUCCUCAACAAGCACAUUUCGCUCGGAGAGCUGCCCAAAGUUCAUCAAAAUUUUGCGCAAUAAAGUGCCUCUUUAACAUAAUCAAGAAUAUUAAACGUAGUAGAGUAAUAAGACAAGUUUAUAGAAUGAACAAACAAACAAAAACAAAAAAAAUCAGUAAUAAAAUAUUCAAAACGCUUUACAUGUUAGUCGUAUUGAACUCGUGUACUUCGGAUAGGGUAUAAGGAACAUCAUAUUUGCUACUCGAACACCAAGCUUUCAUUUGUCUUGACUUUUGUAUCUUUCUUUCGUGUUCCAAAAACGUAUCCACAGAAUCUGAAAGCUGAAGUGAUGUGUUGUAGAUGAUUUACAGAAUGAUGAUCGAUCAGAUUAUGAAACAUUGCUGUUGCCUUCCGGCGUAAAUCAUUUUCAGGUAUUAUGCGAACAAAUUGGAAAUUUAAAUUUAAGCUAAUGCGGAAACUUACUUAAAACUGUCUCCGUAGCGUAAGUGAACUUUCCUAGAUAAUUUCAUCUAAACUAAUUUUAACAUCCAUCAACACACAUUAACAGCAAAUCCAUAAGUUUUCUCAUGAUCUAAUGUUGACCGAGAAAAUUAUCGGCCAAUAUCUCGAGUCAUAAGGAUUGCCGACUUUAAUUAUUAGUCAAUCAUUUCUCUGUGUUAGACACCUUCAGCGAUUCCAACUUCAAUCUUCCGGACAAUCCCAGGGUGAUUUACUGAAUUAAAUCGCUUACAUUCACUCAUAUCAUUGGGUUCCAUGGUCAAUGGUCGGUGCUUUCAAAUUUAGCGACGGUGCGUCUUCCUUAGAUUAUGAUUCAGUGGGAUGACGAGGUCGAUGAUGAUGAAUUGUUAUACCAAUGAGUACUGUUUUUGUUACAUUUUUAGAUCAUUUCCAAAAAUGUAGGUACUUCACAUUUGAUUUUUACAGCAGAAAAAAACAUAUUCGAUAUCGCCGCUUAUGAGCGCAUUGUAAAUAGAAUAGUAAUGUAUUGAAUUUCUGAAUAUUUCAGAUCUAAUCAGUCAUGCGGAAAAAGAGCACUAGUAAUAUGAAAGCAAACGAAAAUUCCACUUAUCAGAAAAUUGUGGUUUUAUUUCACUCAUUAUCGCAACAACGGAGUUGUGUAAAAACCUUUGAGUUGAUGAUUUUCAUCAUCUAUUAUUAGCUUCUCUACACAAAUAUGACUGUUUCACUUGGUUAGUGAACGAACUUCUGGUAGUCUCAUCCCGACAAAUGGCUUGCGGAGGGUAACCUUUUCUCUCCUAUCCGAGAUACCCAAAUAUUGUUUU